CGAAAACCCUAUCGAGGGGGUGCUAUCUGUAACUGGCAUGACCGUCUCGAGAGCCGACUCGGACACCAGUGGCGUGACCACGGCAGUGACGCCGUCGACAUCGGCGGCGCACGAAGUCGCCGACAUGAUGCGAUACCUUGUCUUCCUCAGUCUCUUCCUUAUCGUGACGGUCGGCGUCGGGUCGCACUCGGAGAGCGACUUGCCGUACAAAGUCACAGAGAUGCUCGAUAAGCAGCUGCGUGACAAGGACCUCAUCGCAGAGGACUCGCACGUCCUCAAGCGCUUUCAAGACAUCAAAACCAUCCUCGAAUUCCACCAAUUUCUGACGGGGCCCUUCUACGACGUGGUGUACGGUAGCGACUCGUUCGACGCCGACUGGUCGUUCCCAGUCGGACCGACGCUGCCAGAUCGAGACACACUGAGCGCGGGUAGUAAGAUCAUUGGCCAAGUCCGCAUCGGACAAGUGCGCGUCAAGGGUCUGCCGUGUCCUGGCGCAAUGGCGCAGCUCAGCUCCCUCUACAGUGUCCCACCAAUGUGCUACGGAGACUAUACAACGUCGACUGAGAGCAGCGAGACGUUUGGGCUACAACACAACUACACAGCGCUGCAUGCGCGCAUGGCCGAACCCAUCUUUUAUGCGCACUCGUACCACUCGUUUCCGUCACCGCUUUUCGCCGAGUUCUUUCCGAGUGCGGAAGACAGCAGCUGCGAUUUCGAAACGCACUUCGACUGCAGCGUGUACGCACAGCUCGCGGCCCUGCGAACACACAAGUAUUUUGACCGUGCGACGCGCGCGAUUUUUAUCGACUUUGCACUGUACGACAUGCACAUUGACCACGUGACGACCGUUCGCCUCUUUCUCGAGCAUUUUCAGGGCGGCGGUCUCGCACCCCAAGUCGAGUUUCUGACGUACCGCGUCUUUAGCUUUGAGACCACGGACGAUUGGGUUCAAUUUGGCUUGAGCAUUCUCUUGCUCGUCGUCGCCUUGUACCAGUUGUACGCGGAAGUGAGCGUGCAGCCCGACAAGCUUGCUUAUUUGCGCCAACCGAGCAACCUCGUCCAGCUGAGCAACUAUGUGGCCUUUGUCGCUGUGCUCUUUCUCCGUAUUGCGAGCGACCUGGCGCUACCGACCGAGAUCCCACCGCAUACCUUUGUGAAUUUCCGGACGGCGUGCACGUACUAUGGUUUGGCGCUCAACUGCCACAGCUUUUGCUGUCUCUUGUCAUGGCUCAAGCUCUUUAAAUUCCUCUCCUUCAUUCCAAUGUUUGGCCAGCUCACGCGCACGGUGCAGCGGUCGGCAAGCCAAGUCGUGGAGCUCCUCAUCAUUUUCUUCAUGUGUCUUUUGGGUGCUGCGCUCGCGUUUACUCUGGGGUUUGGCAAUCUCAUGUACGACUACCACUCGAUCACAGCGAGCUUCUAUACACUCUUGCACAUUGUGACCGGCGACAUUCCGCUGGAAGAUUUGAGUCGCGCAAACCGGUUCACGGGCCCCUUCUUUUUCAUGAUUUACAUGUUUAUGAUGAUGUUUAUCAUUCUCAACAUCUUUAUCGUCAUCGUCGAACACGCGUACACGGAGACCAAGGAGGAAAUGAAGUUGCUACAAGACAUGCAACUCGACGAGCUCUCCAAGGAGAUCGUGCACCACUUCGUGCACAAUAUGAUCUUUCAACUGCCCAUCGUCGGCACGCAUGUGCUCAAGCCACUCUACCAUCGCUCCAUGUACGCGACGACGGCACUUGUCGAGCGCAUCAGCACGGACAUGGUCAAGCGCGGGUCGUGGAAGCAGACGCCGUCCAUGCUUGUUGACGUUCGCGUGCUCCAAACCGACGCGGUCGCACCGCAGAUGAACGACGUUGCGCGCGCUGACAUCGUGGACGCAUGCUACCAGCUCCUCACCGACCUCGAGAGUUUGCAAUCGACGUUUGUACCAGAGCUCAAACGCCGACCUGGGACCGAGAUGGUGCAGUGGGAGCACGACGCACACGCCUUUACGACGCGCUUCGAUGCGUAGCGAUUCCGACAUUAUGUCUUUGCUUUUAUCGCCUACGUACAAUCGUAAACCUAAACCCGCGCGUAGAGGUGAUGCAGGCUCAACUUUAUCUUGAGAUGGAGAAGAGAGCCUUCGUGCGUUCUUUAUAAAAUUGGAGUUUGGGGUUCGUCCG